CUAACCGGCUGGCUGGAGGUGACGCUUCGAGGAUGAAGGAUCCGAUUGUAUCCAUUAAACAAGGACGGCUGCGUGGAAUCAUCGAGGAAAAUGUUGACGAGGGACAAUUUUACUCUUUUAAGGGGAUUCCAUACGCUAAACCUCCCGUUGGAGAUCUUAGAUUUCGAGUGAGUAUCAUAAUAGACUUAUUUUCCGUUCCGUGGUGACGCGUAGCUUGGCAAUAUGGCCGCUAGACGAGAGCGGCUGGAGUAGAUGACGUCACUGUGAAGUAACGCUAGCGGGAAUAUUUGAAACUAGACUUAACACUAACCAUACCGACCAUUUUUUAUAAAUGUAUUUUUGGCCCUAAAACGGUCGAAUGACCGGUCGAUGGUACGGCUAUUGUUAAUACGAUUACUAAUUGAUCCAGAACCACCGGAAUCAUGGUCAGGUAUCAGGGACGCUUCGAAACACGGACCUAGUUGUCCACAACAGGAUAUGAUAACUCGUACUAUAAUCGGUAGUGAGGACUGUUUAUAUUUAAAUAUAUAUACGGAAUCUAUUGAUAAUAAAAUUCUUAAACCUGUUAUGGUGUGGAUACAUGGUGGUGGAUUUAGUACUGGAUCUGGAAACGAUGAUCUGUACGGUCCUGAUUACCUUGUCAAAAGCGAUAUAAUUCUCGUCACGAUAAAUUAUCGUUUAGGCGCAUUCGGCUUCCUGAAUCUAGAUCACGAGGUGGCUCCAGGAAAUCAAGGUUUGAAGGACCAGGUACAGGCCCUUGUAUGGAUUCGUGAUAAUAUAGAAAGUUUUGGUGGAGAUCCAAAUAACGUGACAAUUUUUGGAGAAAGUGCUGGAGGCGCAUCCGUUCAUUAUUUGACACUUUCCCCAUUGGCGGAUGGAUUGUUUCAUAAGGCAAUAUCUCAGAGUGGCGUUGCUGUAAAUCCAUGGGCAAAAGUUUGGGCUAAUCCUGAUGAAUUCGCAUAUCGACUUUCCGACAGUCUAGGAAGAAAGUCCUUUGAUCCUGUGACAGUUGUGGAAUUUCUAAGGACAGUGGAUUCUCACAAACUUGUCAAAGCCCAACAGAAGCUUCUGACACCAGAGGAAAAAAUACAAAGUGUACGACCUUUUGGUCCUGGAAUGGAUAUUAAAUCAAAAAAUCCUUUUUUGUCAAAACCCCUGUCAGUCGCUAUGCGAAUAGGUACAAGGGUUCCAUUUAUCCUAGGAUACAACAGUCACGAGGGCAUCUUCUCACUUGCAGGCUUCACUGAAGCGACCUUCAAAAAGAUUGAUGCUGAUUUUGAAAAAUGUCUCCAUCCGAGUGUACUAACCGACAGGAAGGCUGGUCGCAUGACUUCUGAGGAAAUACGUAAUUAUUAUUAUGGAGGUGAAAGAGUGAGCAGGAAAAAUGCUGAAAAAUACGCAGCAAUGUGGGAAGAUGUAAAUUUUAUCAACGGAAUCCAAGACGUAGUCGAUAUUCAAGGUGAAGUAGGAAAGAGUCCGACCUAUCUCUACAGAUUUUCAUAUGACAGUGGGCAGUCUCUGAUAAAAAUGAUAUUUAAUUUGGAUUUGCCUGGUACAACUCACACGGAUGAUCUGCCCUAUCUCUUUUAUUCGAGACUCUUGAAGAAGCUUAACUUCGGGCCUCCGAAGUUUGGCAGCACUGAGCGAAAAGUUAUUCAGCGUUUUACACAGAUGUGGAGCGAUUUCGCCAAAAGCGGAAAUCCGACGCCGGUCACUAGCGACCUGAUACCUGUUACUUGGCGUCCUGUAGGAAGGAAACUUGAAAUGCAUUAUUUGGAAAUCACGGAAGAUUUGAAAAUGGGUAUUAAUCCUGACAUAGAAAGACGUUUAGUGUGGAAUGAAAUAAGACACAAAUUAUAAGUCACGUAAAACGACUACGCGUUAUAAUAUUACACUUAAUCGCGGGAGCAGUUUAAAUUUCACUGAGUUCGGAAGAAAAAGAAAAUACGUCUUCAAGUUUUUCUUUUUCUUCUUUGGCAAGAAAUUGUAGUAAGGGAGAGGUUGUCUCUCUCUCUCUCUCUCUUGUCUCGCCUCGAUGAAGGUCGCAUCGCGCGUCUGAAAAUCUUUUUUCCAUUAAACGUAAAAUCUGUUGGCACUUUUCGUAUAAUGAGAUUUCGGAUCCGAAUGUAGCGAAGAAAUAGCAGGAACGAGAAGAGAGUUUUGUACUUUUGAAUAUUUAUUAUUAUACAAAUCUUAUUAAAAGUCUUAUUAAAUCUUAAAAAAGUUGUCGAAAAUAUACGAAAAAUCUUGACGCGAUCUAUUAAGGUUAUAAAUUCUCCACACUCCUUUCCUCUUAACGCCUUACUUCCGGCCUUUUCUGGUGCUAUUUGUGGUCACAUUCGGUUAUCAAGUUCCUGUAGAUAUUAGCGCUAUAGGAAAUACGAGAAAUUCCCUACAGGAAGUGCCGAAGCCCGAAUUGAAAAACACAGAGUUGUGGCUGCUCUGAGAAAUCAAAUAUCUCAUGGGAGACGUAUCUUUUCUUUUUAUCUCAACUAUGGGAUAGGUUAUAUGCACACGCCCACAGACACACGAUAUACAGGGUUAGUCAGUAGAAACGCACCAGCAGAAGUUGGCCG